AUGUCAAACAGGGUGAGCCAGAUACUCGAAAUUACCGAACCUUGGCAGUGGAAGCACGUCCGUACUAAUGAGAAUCCUGCCGACAUUGCAUCUCGUGGAGUCAAGCCAGCAAAACUCUUGAGGAAUACUUUCUGGUGGAAUGGACCAGAAUGGCUGACCCAAGACGCAGAGCAAUGGAGUAUCUCAGCCUUACCGGACGAAGAGGAAACAUUACCGGAAAUAAAACCAGUGCAACUAGCACUUAUCUCAAUAGAUUCAUCCAAGAACCUAUUACAGUACUACUCAAGUUGGAAAAAACUCGUUCGGGCAAUUGCUUUGCUGAAUAGAUUUGUCGAAUUUCGAAGGACGAAGGGAAAUGGGACUAAUGUGACUAAAUAUUUGGUGCUAUCUGAACUAAGAUCAGCAGAGAAAAUAUUAAUCAAACGAGCACAAGCUGGUGAGUUUUCUUUGGAGCUCCUAGCAAUGCGUAAACAACGGGAGACUCCCAAAUGUAACAAACUCAAGGGAUUAUGCCCAUCACUGCGAACGGAUGGCCUAAUAGUGGUAGGAGGAAGACUUGAAAAAGCAGACCUUGGCGAGAAGCAGAUACACCCAAUUGUUCUACCAGCAAAGCAUAAGAUAAUAAGACUAAUUUUUGAAGAUUAUCAUCAAACACUCCUCCACUGUGGACCGCAAAUGCUACUAGCAGAAGUUAGACGAUGUUAUUGGCCUUUAAGGGGUAGGAUAAUGGCUCGCUCUACAGUAACACGCUGUAUCAAUUGCGUUCGUGCGAGACCAAGAUUUGAAAACCCGCUUAUGGACCCUUUGCCAAAACAAAGAGUGCAAAUGUCCCGCCCAUUCACCGUAACUGGUGUAGAUUUUGCAGGGCCAUUACAAAUUCAAAGUGGUAUACGUCGUGUUACAACAAAAAAGGCAUGGAUAGCGGUGUUUGUAUGCUUUUCUACGAGAGCUAUACACCUAGAACCCGUCGUAGGCUUAACAAGCGAAGCCUUCCUUGCAGCCUUACGUAGUUACGUAGGUUUAUGGUGA